ACUGGUUACAUUAAUGUUUUACAUCCCUGAAACAGAAAAUUCGAUUGCAGCGACUACAAUUGUAAUCGUCAUCGGAAUAUUAAACAGCUGGUUCUUGCAUUUAAACGACUGCGAGCUGCCGUGUGUGUGUGUGGGGGACAUAUAAUUAUGUGCUUCAAACGUACGGCUCGACAUACCUGAAAAGAUCAUAUUUGCUUGGCAUCAGUCGUUGUGCAUGUAAGAACGGAAAAGUAAACGGCUGCCGCGGUCGAUUCGUGGCGGCUUAAAUGGAUGUAAAAAUGCCGCACUCAUCACAUGAUAUUUUGGACGAGGACGAGCUGUCUUCUUCGCUUUUAAAUUCAAGCAGUAGCACACCUGCAUCAGGCUCAGAAGAUGAUACACAACCUAAACAAAGGCUGCGCGGUUACAGAAAAUUGCAGCGAAGGCAGCGUUCGCGUUACCAUUUGCCCAGGAGCAUGAGACGAUGUGGCUGCUAUACGCUCAGUUUGUUUAUUGUAUUUUUAAUGCUAUACAAUUACCUGCCGAAUAUCUACUUGGAUGUACAAAAACGACACAUGCCAUUGUCGGACUGGUCGGCGAACACAUCCUUGGACAUCAAGGAUUAUAUUUCGCCCCAGCAGGAUACGGCCCUGAUUAUGCCUCGGGGUUUCUGCACAAACAAGACCUUUCUCAUCAUUGCCGUCAGUACGAACUUGAACAAUUUCGUAGAACGCCAGACAAUACGUGAGACAUGGGGAAAUACAACAGAAUUCAACUAUUCAGCAUUUGGCAAGCUGCAUGGCCAUAUGAAAGGACGCUACCUGCCGGCAAAGCCAGAUCGUCUGCGUCUUUAUGCCGAUUAUCUAACUGGCGAGGGUGAUUCAUUGACUGCCACAGUGCGUAUCAUUUUUAUUGUUGGGCGCAGCAGUUAUGAAUCACAUCUGGGCAACGAAACGCUGAUACGCCUGAACAACGAAGCCGAAAUGUACAACGAUAUUAUUCAGGAUAAUUUCAUUGACACGUACAACAAUCUAACAAUAAAAUCCGUCAUGGCACUGAAACACAUUAGCAGAAGUUGCGCCAAGUCUUGCGCAUACUUUCUCAAAUGCGAUGAUGAUACGUUUGUCAAUGUGCCAAAUCUCUUGCACUAUUUGCUGGGAGGCACAGUACCGCUGUACAAUGAUACCUUGGACUAUUAUGAUCGCAGGUCGUUUCUCGUCAUGAUGCCACACAAUAGUCUGAAUGCCACCACGGGCAUAAUGCGUGGUCAUCAGUUUUGCAAUGUGAUGCCCGUGAGCGAGGUGAGCAGCAAAUGGUACAUGCCCUAUUACAUGUAUCAAGCAGAUGCAUAUCCACAGUAUCUUUCGGGUGCUGGUUAUCUAAUGUCCAUCGAUGUGGUGGAUCGUCUCUAUGAGGCAGCGUUAAAUACAUCUCUCCUAUACUUGGAGGAUGUAUAUAUUACCGGUCUAUGUGCAGAUCGGGCAAAUAUCAAGCGGCAGCAUCAUUCACUAUUUAGUUUUGCACACUCACAACAUUUGUGUGCCUUUAAAGGCAGCAUAACACAGCACCAGGUGAAGGAGGAGACUAUGGUCGAGGCGUGGCGUUAUGUAUCUAAUUAUACUAUUAAAUGUCCGCCCCCGGGUAAUUACUUAAACCAUAUGCGAUUGCGUAAUCGUAUGAAUUGUUAAGAGAAAAUGAGCUGUGAAUCUGCCUCCCUGUGUAACAAAGGCUGCUAAAAUGUAUACGUAGCACAUAUCUGAACGAUAUAAUUUUCUUAGUUGCAUGUAUUGGAAGUAUACAUCCUAUUUAUGUUGCAUGUGCUUUCAACGCACAAGAAGACUCAAUCACACUAACAUUAAUUAUUAGAAACUUUUGUUCCUACCCUGUCCAGUUUAUUUUCGAAUGUUUGCAAUAUAUUUCUAAAUGCUUCCUGCAUAAGGAUUGUGGAAAUCGCGCACUUGAUAAUCAUAUAAUCUAAGUCAGCUGAUCAAUAUUUUACCGAAUAGACAAAACCAAUUAUGUAUUAAAAUUGCUCAAUUUACAUAUCCAAGCUGUAGAACAAACUAAAAUUGAAUUUUACGUUUUUAAAAUUAUUAUUCAUUCAAUUAGAUUGUUCAAUCAGUGUUUUUCCACAAUACCUUACAGAGAAUUUUAAGAUGACUAAAGAGUCAUGCAUGAAACCUAAAGAGAUAAGAGUUUUAUCAAAAGAUCCUUCAUUAUGUCCAAUUUAAUUAAAUUAUACACUUUAUACACAAACGUACAUUUAUGUAUGUCCAACAAAAAACAGCUAGUAAUACUAUUAAAAAUCAAUGCUCUUAAUUACCCCUAAUUAUAUUACACAUAUCUAGGUUUAAUGUAGAAAUUUA